CGACUCUAGAGGAAUACAUGCUGACAACCAUCAAAAUGGCGGACAAGCUGGCUUUCCUCCUCUUCGGAGACCAAUCUCUGGACACUCAUGGAUUCCUCGCCGAGUUCUACCGUCACGAGGAUCGGGGAAUACUCGCCAAGGCCUUUCUCGACCAGGCCGCCCAAGCUCUGAGGAAAGAGAUCGAAAGGCUACCAAGGCUGGAGAGGUCGAGGCUGCCCGUGUUCCGCACACUGCAACAACUAAACGAGCGGUAUCAUGCUCAAAUCACCAAGCACUCCGGCCUCGACGGUGCUCUUCUAUGUGUUGCCCAGCUCGCUCACUACAUUGACCACGCAGAGAAGAACCAUGAAGAUGUCACACAGCAUGACAAAACCUACCUUGUCGGUCUCUGCUCAGGCCUCUUCGCUGCGUCCGCAAUCGCUUCAACCCCAUCAUUGUCUUCUCUUGUUCCGGUCGCCGUGCAAACAGUUCUCAUGGCUUUCCGGACCGGUGCACACGUUGCCGCCCUCGCCGAAAGGCUGGAGCCGGUCAGCGAGCGCUCCGAGAGCUGGACUUACAUUGUUCCCGGCUUCACUGAGGAGGCCGCACAAAAGGAAAUCGCUGGAUUCCACGAGUCACAUGGUAUCCCCCAAGCGAGCCAGGUGUACGUAAGCGCCAGCUCGUCCGCUAAUGUCGCCAUCUCUGGCCCUCCCACCACACUCAAGGCUUUCAGGGCCGCCACAAGCUCCCUCACCAAGGCCACGGCCAUCCCGGUCUACGGCCCGUACCACGCCCCCCACCUCCACCGCCCUGAGGAUGUCGACAACAUCCUGGGCCUCAACAACCCCGAGAUGAUUGACACCUUCCUCAACACCAAGCCCCGCUCCUCCGUCAUGUCCUGCCUAACUGGCACCUGGUUCAACGAGUCCACCACCCGCGCUCUCUUCGCCGCUGUCGUCUCCGAGAUUCUCACCCAGACCCUGAGGUUUCACAACGUGCUCGACGGCUGCUUAAAUCUGGCUCGUGGUUUUGACGGAAAGUCGUGCCUCAUCAUCCCCUUCGGCCCCACACAGCACGCCGCCACUCUCGCCAACCUCCUCAAGGCUGAGACCAACCUGGACAUCAUCCUCCGCAAGGCCCCGCAAAUAUCCAAGGAGAGCACCGACUCGGUCAUUGGAAACCAUGGCCGUGGCAGCCGUGACAAGCUGGCCAUUGUCGGUAUGGCCGGUCGUUUCCCCGAUGCUGCCAGCCACGAGAAGCUGUGGGAGCUUCUUUCCAAGGGACUAGACGUUCACCGCGUCGUCCCUGCCGAUCGUUUCCCGGUCGAGACUCACUACGACCCUAACGGCAAGGUUAUCAACUCCAGUCACACCCCUUACGGCUGCUGGAUUGAGAAGCCUGGCAUGUUCGACCCUCGUUUCUUCAACAUGUCACCGCGUGAGGCUUUCCAGACCGACCCCAUGCAGAGGAUGGCCCUGACAACCGCCUACGAGGCUCUCGAGAUGAGCGGUUACGUGCCCAACAGGACACCCUCGACCAGGCUGGACCGUAUCGGUACCUUCUACGGUCAGACUUCCGAUGACUGGCGUGAGAUCAACGCGGCCCAGGAGGUCGACACCUACUACAUCACGGGAGGUGUCCGAGCCUUCGGCCCCGGUAGAAUCAACUACCACCUUGGCUUCAGCGGUCCUUCGCUGAACGUGGACACUGCCUGCUCUUCCAGUGCCGCUGCCAUGAACGUUGCCUGCUCUUCGCUGUGGGCCCGUGACUGUGACACCGCCAUUGUUGGUGGUCUGUCCUGCAUGACCAACCCCGACAUUUUCGCGGGUCUGUCUCGUGGACAGUUCCUUUCCAAGAAGGGCCCCUGUGCCACCUUCGACAACAAUGCCGAUGGAUACUGCCGUGGUGACAGUUGCGCCUCAGUCAUUGUGAAGAGGCUCGACGAUGCCAUUGCCGACCAUGAUCGCGUUCUCGCUGUCAUCCUGGGCACUGCCACCAACCACUCGGCUGAUGCCAUCUCCAUCACCCACCCUCACGGUCCUACGCAGUCGCUUCUGUCGUCUGCUAUCCUGGACGAUGCUGGUGUUGACCCUCUCGAUGUUGACUACGUCGAGAUGCACGGUACCGGUACUCAGGCCGGUGACGGAACAGAGAUGGUCUCAGUCACCAACGUCUUUGCUCCUGCCAACAGGAAGAGACCUGCUGACAGACCCCUGUACCUUGGUGCCGUCAAGGCCAACCUGGGUCACGGUGAGGCCGCAUCGGGUGUCACGGCUCUGUGCAAGGUUCUUCUCAUGCUCCAGAAGAACGCCAUUCCUCCCCACGUCGGUAUCAAGAAGGGAUCCGUCAUCAACAAGACCUUCCCCAAGGACCUUGGUGAGCGCAACGUCAACAUUGCUUUCCACUUGACCCCCUUCAAGAGGUCGGAUGGCAAGCCCCGCAGGGUUUUCAUCAACAACUUCAGCGCUGCUGGUGGUAACACCGGUCUGCUGCUUGAGGAUGCUCCUCCCGUUGAGCCUGCGACUCAGGACCCCCGCAACGUCCACGUGAUCACCAUCACUGGCAAGUCCAAGUCGGCCAUGAUCCACAACGCCGAGAGGCUCAUCCAGUUCAUGGAUGACAACGAUGACACUCCCAUCUCUCACGUUGCCUAUUCCACCACCGCUCGUCGCAUCCAGCACUACUGGCGCAUGAACGUGACUGCUCAGGAUCUGGGUGAGGCUAAGCAGGCCCUCAAGAACCGCCUGCAGGAGAACUUUGUUCCCGUCUCCCCCGAGCCUCCCAAGGUUGCCUUCAUGUUCACUGGCCAGGGCUCUCACUACGCUGGUCUUGGAAAGGAGCUGUACGCCAACCACGCUGUCUUCCGCCAGGCCAUCAACGAGUUCGACAGGAUCUCGCAGAUCCACGGCUUCCCGAGCUUCAUGCCUCUGGUCGACGGCAGCGAGCCUGAUGUCGCCAAGCUCGAGCCCCUCAUCGUCCAGCUUGGUCUCUGCUGCUUCGAGAUGGCCUUGGCCAAGCUCUGGGCUUCUUGGGGUGUCAAGCCUGCUGCGGUCAUGGGCCACAGCCUGGGCGAGUACGCUGCUCUCCACGUUGCCGGUGUUCUGUCUGCCAGCGACACCAUCUACCUCGUUGGUGCUCGUGCCAAGCUUCUCGUUGAGAAGUGCACUGCCGGCACCCACGCCAUGUUGGCUGUCAUGGGAUCCGUCUCCACUGUCCAGGAGGCUCUUGGAGAGCGCGCCGACUCUACCAACGUUGCUUGCAUCAACGGACCCCGCGAGACGGUUCUCAGUGGUGAGGCUUCUGAGAUGGCUGAGAUCGCUCAGCAGCUUGGUGCCGCUGGCUUCAAGUGCACUCAGCUCAAGGUGCCCUUCGCCUUCCACUCGGCCCAGGUCGACCCCAUCCUUGAUGACUUUGAGAAGCUGGCCCGCUCUGUCCGCUUCAACACCCCCAAGGUCCCCGUCAUCUCGCCCCUCCUUGGCAAGCUCGUUGACGAUGAGCCCAUCAACCCCAAGUACCUGCGCGAUCAUGCUCGUGAUGCUGUUGACUUCCUUGGCGGGCUUGUUUCUGCCCAGUCAGCCGGCGCCAUCGAUGAGAAGACUGUCUGGCUCGAGGUCGGCCCCCACCCCGUCUGCGCCAACAUGGUCAAGGCUGCUUUCGGCGUCUCGACCGUCGCUGUCCCCACUCUUCGCCGCAACGAGGCCACUUACAAGACCCUGAGCGCCAGUCUCUGCACUCUCCACACUGCUGGUCUGAACAUUGACUGGAACGAGUACCACAACGACUUCCUCUCUUCCGUCAGGCACUUGGAUCUCCCCUCGUAUGCUUUCGACGAGAAGAACUACUGGCUCCAGUACGAGGGAGACUGGUGUCUCAGCAAGAACCGCAUCGCCAAGGCCCUGCCUGCUGCUGCUGCCGUCGCCAAGCCCAAGCUCGAGACGACCACCGUGCAGAAGGUUGUCCGCGAGGAGAUCAAGGGUGAUGUUGCCGUCGUCGAGAUCGAGUCCAACCUGUCCCGCGAGGACCUUCGUGGCGUCGUUUCCGGUCACUUGGUCAACGGUGCUCCUCUCUGCCCUUCUUCGCUGUAUGGAGACAUGGCCAUCACUACUUGUCAAUAUGCCUACAAGCUGCUCCGUCCCGAGUCUGAGAACAUUGGUGUCAACGUCGCUCACAUGGAGGUUCCCAAGACCCUCAUCUUCGACGACGCUGCUGAGAGCCACAUCCUGAGGCUCACAGUCACUGCCAAUGCUGCCCAGAACAGCGCUGACCUGGUCUUCCACACUGGCGAGGGUGCCAAGCGUGUUGACCACGCCAACUGCAAGGUCUACUUUGGCAACACUGAGGACUGGCAGGGCGAGUUCGACCGCGUCUCUUACCUCAUCAAGUCUCGCGUUGACGGUCUCAUUGACUCUGAGAAGGAUGGCAAGGCAUCCAAGAUCGGCCGUGGCUUGGCUUACAAGCUGUUCGCCGCACUGGUCGACUACACUCCCCGCUACCGCGGUAUGGAGGAGGUCGUCCUCGACAGCGAGACUUGCGAGGCUACUGCUCAGGUCAAGUUCCAGACCACCGAGGCCGAUGGCAACUACGUCUUCAGCCCCUACUGGAUCGACAGUCUGUGCCACAUCUCGGGCUUCAUCAUCAACGGAACCGACGCUGUCGACUCGCGCGAGCAGGUCUUCAUCUCCCACGGAUGGGGCUCGCUCAGGUUCUCUGAGCUCCCUGUUGCCUCCAAGAAGUACCGCAGCUACAUCCGCAUGCAGCCCAUCAAGGGUAACAAGGUCUACGCUGGUGACGUCUACGUCUUUGACGGCGAGAAGAUCAUCGGCGUGUGCGGUGACCUGAAGUUCCAGGCCAUCCCCCGCAAGGUCCUCAACAUGAUGCUGCCCCCGCGUGGAGCUGCUGCCAUUGCCGCCCCCGCCCGCGCUGCUCCUGCUCCCGCUGCCAAGCCGGCUGCCAAGGAGAAGAAGACCUCCUCCACCAAGGAGAAGAGCAAGAGCGUGACCCCCAAGAACAUCGGCAAGGUCAACCAGAAGCUCGCCUCGGUCGUCACGCAGGUGCUCGACAUCCUCGCCAAGGAGGUUGGUGUCAGCCACGACGAGCUUGCUGACAACAUUGCCUUCACCGAUCUGGGUGUCGAUUCGCUGAUGUCGCUUACUGUCAGUGGUCGCAUUCGUGAGGACAUGGACCUGAGCAUCGACUCGCACGCCUUUGUCGACCACCCUACCAUUGGUGCUUUCAAGGCCUUCCUUGCUCAGUUCGAGGGCCCCGGCGGCGCCAUGGAGGACAGCUCCAGCAGCAGCUCUUCCGUCUCGGGUGACAUGGACUCCGAGUCGGACGUCACCACCCCUGCUGACGAGAGCGAUACUGCCUCGGUCAAGGGUGAGAAGAUGGACGGCAAGGCUACUGCUACUGACACCAACGAGCUCCAGGAGGCUAUCCGCAACACCAUUGCCACCGAGAUGGGCAUGGACGUUGAGGAGAUCAUCGCCGCCCCCGACUUGGCCAGCUUGGGUAUGGACUCGCUCAUGAGUCUUCAGAUCCUGGGCACCCUCAGGGAGAAGACUGGCAUGGAUGUCCCCUCGGACCUCUUUGUCUCCAACCCUUCGCUGAAGGACGUCGAGCGUGCUCUGGGCAUCGUCCCGGCUGCCCCAAAGCGCCCUGCCGCUCAGGCUGCCCCCGCCAAGUCCAAGGCUUCCAAGUCUGAGAAGGUCAAGCCUUGCCCACCCACCACCUCGAUCCCCCCAUCUCAGGUGACGGCCACCAUCUACAAGCCACCCCGCCCCACCGAGAUCCUCGACACAAUGCCUCACCGCAAGGCCACAUCGGUGCUGCUGCAUGGUAGCCACAAGACCGCCACCCGCCACCUCUUCAUGGUACCCGACGGAAGCGGCUGCGCCACCUCGUACACCGAGAUGUGCAAUGUCGGUCCCAACUACGCCGUCUGGGGUCUCUUCUCGCCCUUCAUGAAGACCCCCGAGGAGUACAACUGCGGUGUCUACGGCAUGGCGGCCAAGUUCAUCGAGGAGAUGAAGCGCCGCCAGCCCGUCGGACCCUACAGCCUUGCUGGCUGGUCCGCCGGUGGUGUCAUCGCCUUUGAGAUUGUCAAUCAGCUCAUCAAGGCCGGCGACGAGGUUGAGAACAUGAUCAUCAUCGACGCUCCUUGCCCCGUGACCAUUGAGCCCCUCCCCAAGUCCCUGCACGCCUGGUUCGCAUCCAUCGGCCUGCUGGGCGACGGCGACGCGGACAAGAUCCCCUCGUGGCUCCUGCCCCACUUUGCCGCUUCGGUCACGGCCCUCUCCAACUACACAGCCGAGCCGAUCCCCAAGGACAAGUGCCCCAAGGUCAUGGCCAUCUGGUGCGAGGAUGGUGUCUGCCACCUUCCCACCGACCCCAGGCCUGACCCUUACCCCUCGGGACACGCCCUCUUCCUCCUCGACAACAGGGUCGACUUUGGCCCCAACCGCUGGGACGAGUACCUCGAUGGCAGCAAGAUGACCAUGAGGCACAUGCCCGGUAACCACUUUUCGAUGAUGCACGGCGCUAUGGCCAAGCAGCUUCAAGGUUUCAUGCAAGAGGCUCUGCAAUAAAUGCACAGCAACCAUCUCUUGACAAACUCAUACGCGCAUAUGACAUUCGCUGUUAUCAACAUUUCUUUUAUUUUCUAAUUCUGUGUUAUCAUGACGUCGAACGGGG